UGAUCAGUCCAGCAUGGCCCAUCCUCCCUCGCAGGACGCCAUCACGGUCGAGCCCGUCGAGAAUGGCAGGGAUGCCACCGCAGAGAAGGCGGCUCAGUUCCUCGCCAGCGUUGGAGAGCAUCAUACCUUCACGGUCGAGGAGGAAAAGGCCGUACUGAAACGCAUCGAUCGACGUAUUCUUCCUUUGAUCCUCGGUGCUUAUUUCUUCCAACAGCUCGAUAAAUCCUCCCUCUCCUAUGUCUCAAUCUUCGGCAUCGUGGAGGACGCCAAUCUCCAGGGCCAGGAGUAUUCCUGGCUGGGGUCCAUCCUGUACUUGGCCCAGCUGGUGAUGCAGCCUCUAGCGGCCUUUCUGCUCGUCAAAGCACCGACGGGUAAAUUGAUCGGAUCCGCCAUUUUAUUCUGGGGCAGCUCCCUGGCCAUCAUGGCCGCUUGCACCGAUUUCAAAAGCCUCUUGGGGCUUCGGUUCGCCUUGGGGGCAUUCGAGGCGAUGAUCGCCCCGUCUUGCGUUGCCGUCACGCAAAUGUGGUGGCGCCGAAGUGAGCAAACGAUGCGGACGGCCUCGUGGAACAUGAUGAACGGAGUCACCUUCAUUGUCGGCAGCCUCUUCACCUACGGGCUCGGGCACAUCCACAGCGACACUCUCUUCUCCUAUCAGAUCAUCUUCAUGUUCUGCGGUCUACUGACGGUGGCAUACUCUUUCGUCGUGCUGUUUCUCAUGCCCGAUUCCCCCAUGGAAGCAAAGUGCCUGAACGAACGCGAGAAGAUCAUCGCGGUCGAGCGGCUGCGGGCCAAUCAAAUGGGAAUCAUCUCGCGACAAUGGCGCUGGGAUCACGUCUGGGAAACGUUGUAUGAUCUCAAGACGUGGUGCUGGUUUUUCCUGAUCGUCGCCAUCUCGAUCCCCAGCGGUGGUAUCGGAACCUUUGGCAAUCUUAUCAUCAAGUCGUUCGGGUACGAUGCCUUUCAAACCAUCCUCUUCAACAUUCCCUUCGGCGUCAUCCAGGUGGUGGCGGUUCUAGGCGGAGGCUGGCUGGCGACGCGGUUCCAACGCAAAGGACUGGUCAUCGUCGGCUUUUCCCUCAUCGCCGCCGUCGGCACCUUGCUGAUGAUCGUGGUGCCGCGAGAGCAGAAGGGAGUGCUGCUGUUCGGAUAUUAUUUGGUUUCCUGCCUGGCGGCCGUCACGCCUUUGGUCUAUGCAUGGGAGGCGCAGAACACCGCUGGUGACACGAAGCGAAAAUGCACCUCGGCGGUGGUGCUGAUUGGCAUGUGUACGGGCAAUGUCAUCGGCCCCCAACUCUAUUCCACCUCGCAAGCCCCCUUGUAUCGGCCAGGACUCAUCUCGAACUUGAUCCUGUUCGUGGUCGUCGCCGGGAUCGCCAUAAUUACGAACCUGUAUCUCGUCCUCCUGAACAAGCAGCAUGCCAAGAAACGCGAGGCGCUGGGCAAAUCGGCGCAGAUCGUCGACCAGUCGAUGAUGACGCAAGACAAGCGGGAGGCCGGCAAGGCUGUCGAGCUGGAGGACGUGACGCCGCCGCCCGCCGAGGACAAGGGGUUCCUGGAUACGACGGACUUGAAGAACGAGGAUUUUAUUUUUGUUUACUAGAGAUCAUGCUAGAGAU